CCCAGCACGGCCCGCAUCCGGGUGCAGGAGCUGAGCUGGCCAGGCCUGCACAACCCCUGUCCACAGAGCAAAGGUGCGGGCAGCCAAGGAGGCAGCCGUGAUGAGCAGCUGCUGGGGGAGGACCUGUCCCCUGCCCAACUGCAGGCUCUGGCCCAGGUGGACGACCUGCGUAUGGUCAGCAUGCUGGAGAUGUGUGUGGACACUCGCAAGAACAGCCUGGGGAACUUUGGUAUACACCUGCCCAACCUGAGCCAACUGAAGUUGAAUGGCAGCUGCCUGGCCUCUGUGAGAGACCUAGGCACAUCCCUGGGCCACCUACAGGUGCUCUGGCUGGCUUGCUGUGGCCUGCCUGACCUGGACGGUAUCAGCUCCUUCCCAGCCCUGAAGGAGCUGUAUGUGUCGUACAACAAUGUCUCAGACCUGAGCCCGUUGUGCCUGCUUGAGCAGUUGGAAGUGCUGGACCUGGAGGGCAACAGUGUGGAGGACCUGGGCCAGGUGCACUACCUGCGGCUGUGUCCGCGGCUGGCCACGCUCACCCUGGAAGGCAACCCGGUGUGCCUGCAGCCAGGCCCUGGGCCCUCCAACAAGGCACCCCAGGGCUACAACUACAGGGCAGAGGUACGGAAACUUAUUCCCCAGCUGCAGGUCCUGGACGAGGCCCCUGCCACACAGACGGGUCUGCCAGCAGCCGGGACACUGAUCCAGGACCGACUCCUGGUGCAGCAGGCCAUCAGGGAGGGCAGCGUCCUCGAUGGCCCUCUGCCCGGGCUGGAUCGUCCCCAGGGAGCUCCCAUGUGGCGAUUAGGCCCCAUGCUGUCCCUGCCCAAGGCCCAGACCCGGCCCCCCAGACCCUGGCCCCUCUCCCUACUGCUUCCUGGGGGCCCUCUGCCAGAAGGCCUGCUGCCCGAGGACCCGGCCCCAGCAGAUGACGCUAGCAACCUCACGCAUGGCACCAGCCACGUACUCUGUGGGAACCCCACCAAAGGCCUGCGGGAGCGGAAACACCAGUGCCAGGCCUGGGUGCCUGCACCCCUGGAAAAGCUGCCCAGCCAAAGGGCUGCCACAGGACCGGAUCCUACAGACUGCCCUGAUCUCCUGGCCUUGACCAAACUCCGCACCUGGAGGGAGCUGUGCCUUCGACACCAGGAAUCCCCAAAGGAUACGACAGCAGCACCCCAAGGUCCACCAAGGGGCCCGGAAGCACAAGACGAUAGGGCUGGGUCCCAGGCUGCCCCCGGGCCUCCCAGCCCAGACCCAGAGCUCUCUAGGGCCUUGGGCUGUAAAUUGAUCCCCUCGCCCCCCAAGUACCCAAUGCCACCGGACUCAGGCCCUAGCCCCUGGGGGCCCACAGAACAGCACUUCAGGGGGCGUCGGCUCAGAGGCCUGGGACAGGGGGUCGCAGCUGUGACUGUCCUCAGAGCCCUGGAUGUGGCCUCCGACCAGGGCCCAAGAGCCCAGGGGCACUCUGCGCCACAGCGAGUCUCGGAUGCCGCAACUGGACCCCAAGGCCUGCAGUGCAUGCUGGCCCCAGACCCCAUCACCCUAACCCAUGCCCAUCCUUAG